GCUCCCUCAGCUGUCAGUGUGAAGGUGUGCGUGGUUGUGCUUCAAUCAUAGUGACAUGGGCUGUUUAAAGUGUUGUUUGGCCCUAGUGUUUGUUGUGUUAGCAUGUGUCUUUGCAUCAAGCAGUCCAGAGAUACCAAAUACAGAUGAUACCAAACCACUAUGGAAUGCCACCUGGACAGAUAAGCUGAAGCGUAAGCUUUUAACACAUUAUGACAAGUUUUCGAGACCUGCACAGCACACUAAUGCAACUGUUGUCAAGAUGGUAUUAACUUUCCGACACAUUGAACUUGAUGAGUUAAAAUCAGUGAUGACAGUAUAUGGCUGGAUGAGAAUGGCAUGGACAGAUGAGAAACUGAAGUGGAAUAAAACAGAAUGGGGUGGACUCCAUGAGCUACAUUUAGCUGAUCAUGAAAUUUGGCAGCCAGAUAUUAUCCUUUACAACAGUGCAUCCGGGUCAAGUAUUGAUCAUUAUGGGAAUUCUCAUUGUGUUGUGUUUCCAACUGGAGAAGUCUUCUGGGUACCCCCUGCACAGUUUCUUGUCUUCUGUGAUCUUGAUCUUCGUCUGUGGCCUUAUGAUACACAGACUUGUCAUUUAACACUUGGCUCUUGGACUUAUGAUGGAGAUCAAGUGGAUCUGCAACUUGGUGUACCAUUUGAUGGUUUUGAGAUGGACCUGUGGAAUACAAAUUCUGAAUGGCAGAUAGUGGAUGUAAAAGGAAAUCGAGCUGAACAGUAUUACUCAUGUUGUACAGAACCAUACAUUGACAUCACAUACAACAUCACUCUCCGUCGACAAUCUCCUGCUUACUCUGCCAUUGUGAUCACACCAGCUGCAGCAAUUGUUCUGAUGACACUGGCAGGAUUUUGGUUACCUCCAAAUGCAGGAGAAAAGAUUUUGCUCAAUGGUUGUACAGCAAUAAUUAUAUGCCUGUUCCUGCUGUAUUUUUCUCAGAAGUUACCUGCAAUGGCAGGAAACACACCAUUAGUAGUGCUCUUUUACAGUAGCUCACUGCACCUUGUGAUUUUGUCACUGGUGGUGACUGUUGUUGUCCUAAACCUAUCACGCAAUUGCUACAGCAUUCCAGUUCCAUGGGUGUUGCAAUCACUGCUCCUUGGUUGGCCAGGCAGAAUGUUAGGGCUACAUCACAUUGUCUUGCUGGUACCAUCAGCAGAAGACCGCCAUGAGAGCUGUUCAGGAAUGGAAGACAGCAGCAUUGAAGCCUCAAGUAGCGGGGGCAAUGUGAGCAUUGGUGAUGACAGCCGACGUGUUCUGACACGUACAUCCUCACAUCGACGCCAUCAAGUUAACUGGAUUCUUCUAGCAAUAGCUAUUGAUCGCUUGUGCUUUCUGCUCUACUGUCUACUGUUCAUCAUACUUGCAACAGUGUACUCUGUGUAGUGUGGAAUCUUCACAUCGGUAAUGUGACUAUUUUGUCAUGCAGUGGACAGUGUCAGCUAUGGGAAAAUGAGUUCUCACUAACAGUUUACCCAGUACAAAUAUAAACUGUGUGUUUACAGAGAUACUGUGUCUCAAACAUUUUGAAUUUCAUUCUCAAAUUCAUAAUUAUUCACUUGUGUCUAUGAGCACCUGCCUUCAAACAGCCUUUGAAUAUAUUUCACUGCUAAUAGUGGUACUUGUUUGUUGCAUUAACUUAACAAA